AUGGUGAAUAUAUGCAGAAUUUGCUUAGACAAAUCUGGGACUAUUUCUCUUUAUGCUGCGCAAUCAAAUGAAAUUCAGUACUGUACAAAACUAGCACGGUUUAUAAAUGUAUCAAUGAAUGAAGACGACGGUUUUCCUACACAUAUCUGUGAAGAAUGUGUAGGAGAGCUUAACGCCUGUUAUCAAUUUGUGCUUAAAUGUGAGGCUUCAGAAAAAGCUUUAGAAUGCCUGAACCCUGAGAAUUAUGAUUAUCAUUACGAUUUAAAACUUGAAUCUGAUGAUAUUAAUACUGAAGAAACAAAUUUCAGUACUGCAGACAGAUGUGAAGAUCAAAGUUCAGCUGUACAACGUUUUCCAGACACUGUGAAUGAUAUAAAAGAAAGUAAACUAGAAGACUGUAAGGUGAAAAAAACUCGAAAAAGGCUUAGCAAUAAUGCACAAGCACAGUGUGUGGUAUGUGGACUUCUUGCUAAAAGCAAUUCUGCCCUUGAGAUACACAUGCGUGUUCACACAAGAGAAAAACCAUUCAUAUGUGAUCAAUGUGAUGCUAGAUUCACAUGCAAAGGUAAUUUAAAACGCCAUAUAGAUGUCUAUCAUUCUGUCAGAGAGCGCAAGUUCACUUGUGAAAAGUGUGGCAAUAGUUUCUUUAGUAAAAAUGACAUCAUAACUCAUAUUCGUGUUCACACUAACGAAACACCAUUUGCUUGCAUGUACUGUCCUAAGAGGUUUAAACAGUUAACAUCAAGAAAUCGCCAUCAAACUAUUCAUACAGGCUUGAAGCCUUAUGCUUGUCCCCUAUGUAACAAGAAAUUUGCUCAUCGAAAUCUGGUGGUAAAACAUCAAAGUGUCCAUAGUGAUGAAAGGAAAUUCACAUGUCACCUGUGCAAUAAAUCUCUGAAAACUAAGUCAAGCCUCAGAGUGCAUAUGAGCUUGCAUCAAAGGGAGAAAAAAAACAUCUGUAAUAUUUGUGGGAUGUCAUUCUCUAUGAAAGGAAAUCUACAGAAUCAUAUAAGAAGAGUUCACUCAGAGAAAUCGGGUCAAUGCAAUGUCUGUAUGAAAACAUUUUCUAAUCUGGAAGUACAUAUGAGGCGGCACACCGGAGAGAGGCCCUAUGUUUGUCCUGUUUGUAAUGUCGCCUUCGCCCUCAAAGGUGCAUUAAAGUACCACAUGUUUUUCAAACACGAGAGCUGUAAUAAAUUUAAGUGUACAAUGGAUGAAUGCAAAAAGACUUUUCCAACAGCAUAUAUAUUAGAGUGCCACCUGUUGAAGCAUCAUUCGAAGAACACACCCUAUGUAUGCCCAUACUGUCACAAAGGAUACUACCGCACUAGUGAUCUCACAAGGCACAUCAAAACUCACAAGUUCGAUGUUUAG